AUGUACUGUGCUGUAAGCAGGCGUGUUCAUAGACUCAUAUUACCAAGCUUUCCACACGUUUUCAAGAUGCCAUUAAGCGAUCUCUCGAAACUGCCACCUCUUUCGGACCAAUUGGAGCAGGCUAAACGUACUGCUGCAUACCGUGCGGUUGAUGAGAAUUUUGAUGCCAAGAUUCAUAAAGUAGUGGGUGUUGGUAGUGGUACUACUGUAGUUUAUGUUGCCGAAAGGCUUGGAGAGUAUGUGAACGAUAGCAGCAACUUUGUGUGUAUACCUACUGGAUUCCAGUCCAAACAGUUGAUUCUAUCGAACAGGUUGCAGUUAGGGAGCAUUGAGCAGUAUCCUGAGAUCGAUAUUGCGUUCGAUGGUGCAGAUGAGGUCGAUGAGAAUUUACAGUUGAUUAAAGGUGGUGGAGCGUGCUUGUUUCAGGAAAAGUUGGUGAGCACUAGUGCGAAGAAGUUUAUUGUUGUUGCAGACUCGAGAAAACGGUCGCCAAAGCACUUGGGGACCAACUGGAAACGCGGUGUGCCGAUUGAAGUGGUGCCCAGUUCCUAUGUGCAUGUGCUUACUGCGUUGAAAGAUAGACUACAUUGCAAGAGCGCUAUUGUGAGACAGGGCGGUAGCGCGAAAGCGGGGCCCGUGGUUACGGAUAACUGCAACUUCAUCAUUGACGCUGACUUUGGCGAGAUCGCGGACCCUAGAAAGCUACAUCAAGACAUCAAGAUGUUGGUUGGGGUUGUUGAGACCGGGUUAUUCAUUGACAAUGCGGAAAAGGCGUACUUCGGUUCGCCAGAUGGGUCCGUCGAGCUGCAGGUGUUGUAG